AUGGUCUACAAUUGCCCAUCACAUCGCAAUUCUACAGUAGAUUCUCUGAUUCUACCAGAAUUUUCAAACAGAAGUAUUACUCUUGAUGAAAAAUAUGAGUAUAAUGAUGAUUUUGAAUCAAUGAUUGGAAUGGGUGCAUUUGGCGCAGUUUUUCGAGGACAUCAAAAAGAUGAUAAAGAACAGGUGGGUAAACUGUGGAUCUUUGAAAUUUCAAAAUAUCUGAUUUUUUCAGAGCGUGGCUGUGAAACGCAUGCUCCGUGUUCAUGUCAAAGAAAAUGAGCUGAAAAUGAUAAGGUUUGUUUUUGUAGAAUAUUUGGCGGGAAAAUGGUUUUUUUUCAGAAAUGGUAGUUUUUUUUCAAAAAUAGAAUUGUAUCCAAAAAGUGAGAGUUUCAAGAUUUUUUUCAGAAGUUCAGUUGAUUUUAGGAAAAUAAAAUUUUUUUGAGAGAGAAAAUUGAAUUCUAGAAAAUUUAUGGGUUUCUUUCAGAAGAGCAGUUGAUUGUGAGAUUUUUUUGAGAAACUGGGGGAUUCUAGGAGAAAAAAAAAAUUGUUCAGAAAACCAUACAGAUUCACAGAAAAAACAAUUAUGUUUUUGCUUUAUUUAAUGUUGCUUCCUUUAAAACCCUUUUCGCAAGAAAAAAUCAGUCAUUUUUUUUCUUUAGUUGUUUUUUUUGUCAGAAGCAUUUAUUCUCAAGAGAUUAAAAAUUAUGGAAAUUCUCGGGAAAAUGUAUGAUGUUUGAGUUUUUUGAUCGACAGAAUAAUUUUAUAAUUUUUCUUGUUCCGUGUCAAAAUAAAAAGAAAACGGAAAAGGAAAACACAAAAACGCAAAGACUAAGAAGGCAAAAGAGAGCCCUGGCUACUAGUCCUCCCUGGGGGUAUCAAGCCCGGGGCCGGGAUUGAACUAUUGGCUUUGUAGACGGGGGAUCAAUCAGUUUAGCCACUAGACCACAAGACUCCCUGGCAUCCCUCAUCCUAUUUCCAUAUUUAUGAUGGUUAAUUCAUUUUUUUUCAGAGAUUUGAAAAGUGAAUAUCUUGUUGGUGUUCUCGAUAUUUGCAACUUUGAUGAACUUUUUUGUUGCCUCAUAAUGGAAUUGUGUGAUUGUGAUCUUGAUCAUCAUAUGAGAACAAUCUCCGAGCGUGGAAUCUUAAAUCCAGGGAAUUUCCGGCAACUGCUCGAUAAUAUUGCACGCGGUUACAAAGCACUUUACGAGUUGAAAAUAGUGCAUCGCGAUAUUAAACCACAGAACAUUCUCAUCAGUUAUCUAGACGAGUCGAAGCAAAUUGCAUGUGCACGAAUAACUGAUUUUGGUGAGUUCCUGUUUUUCAUCAAUAAUUCAUGAUUGUUUUUUUCUAGGAAUUUCACGAACGUUAGAAGAUGACGGCACUGAAUUAUGUAAUGUUGCCGGAACUUUAUUUUAUAUGGCACCUGAAGUUGGGGCAAAUCUAUUGAAAACAUGCCAAUAUGAUUCAAAAGUUGAUAUGUGGAGUAUUGGAUGUCUUCUCUAUCAAUGUGUCACUGGAGAAGUUCCAUUUGACGAAUGCAGUUUAUGUAGAUUAUUCUUAUACGUUGCUGGUGAAAAUUUCGAAGCAUAUGACCCACCAGAACUUCCAAAUGAAACAAAUACGGAAGUUUCGGGAAUAAUUCAAUCGCUUUUGCAACUUGAUACUUCUCAAAGAUGCACUCCAACACAAUUUUACGAUAAAGCCAUGCAUUGGUCCCAACAUAUUUGUUAA